AGAUAAAAGCAUGGUGAAGAUUCAGAGGAAGCAUCUCAAAUAAACGGAACAACGAAGCAACAGACUUGUAGAAUCAUGGGUUUGGCUGGAUGUUUGGCAGGGUCUUGGUUACUUGUACUACUGGCUCUCAAUUGUCCAACGCUUGGAGACACUGAGAAUGUUGUUCUUGAGUAUCCCCUGCCCCAGGAGCCUGAUGUUCCUUUCCCGCUGGCUUAUCCUUCAGCUCAGAAUAUUGAUGCCAUAUGCAAAAAUGGAGAGUACCGUCGUCGGUACCCCCCCAGCUACUUCCCCCCCUCUGGUUACAGUCAUUUUCGCCGUCGUGGAAAAGCCAUCAACUGCUUGGAGUCUUGGUACAAUAUGUGUUGCCAUGGAAAUGUCCCACAGGAUAACAACCAGAACGUGUGCUGUGCCCAGCAAGCUUGGCAUCAGGCCCUUUCCCAGUUCUGUGAAGAUGAGUUCUCCGUCAAGACAGUCGCAUACCCAUGCUGUAGGGUGAAAGGAGAUAAGAGAUGGAUCUGUUUUGACACGAACGUCGUAGGCUCCUAUCAAGCCUUCCCUGGCUACCAGGCUCCAGCACAGCUCACCCAGGAACCUGGCUUCAUCUGGAACCCAGACCAAUGCCUGCAUGAGUAAUAGUGACGAUGAGUAGUUAGACAUGCAAACUAGCUAGCAAGAGUAAUGUAAAAUAGUUGUAAUUUGCAUGCUCCAGCAUGGUUUAACUAAUGAGGCCAUGCUGUGCUGUUGUGGGCUGCUUGUUGUAGCACAGUCUAUUAGCAUAUACACUUUACAAUGUCUUUACUCAUGUUUUGAAAGUUUAACAAUAAAAACGAUUUUAGUUUGACAUGGUUGCAGAGGCAAAGUUGCAUUAAUGGCGAUAAUUUGUUUCUUAAGUAUCUAUUAGAUGACAGAUGACAAUAACAUAAUUUAAAUCUUAUCACCAAUAUCUUGUCAUAAACAAAUAAAUAGGUACUUUCUCUAA